UAAGAUUCCAACCAAUUCAGUGGAUACAGAAUGUGCGACCUCAGUGUAGGGACAAGGGUUCGCGCCGCGGAGACACAGGAUGUCAGCUGCAACUGCUGGUGGAUGCUUCAUGACAGCAUUUAACAACUAACAUGAAUUGUUUCUAUCCAGGUUCUUGAGGAUUUGAGGCAGCCCAACUAUGAUUUUCUCCCUGGUUCUCACAGCCUACCACCUGAGCGGAUGGCUGUCCAAACAUCAUCGAUUCAGAGUGUUGCUUUUCAGACCAAACUUCUCCCAAUGCAUCAGCCAGACACUUCUGAGCAGCUUGGUUGGUGGUAUCAUCUUUGUUUUCUUCACCUUUGGGCCGCCGUCAGUGCUUACUUUUACAAAGCCUACUUCCUGGGAGCUGAAAGUGAUCUUCUGCAUAUUUAGUAGCGGAUCACUCCCUCAAGGAGUCUGUACUAUUGCUUUGGCUACACAGUGUGUCAAAAUCAUCCCUGAACUUUACUGUGUUUCUAUGAUGUCGUCAAUGAGCAGCAUGACUUCAGCAGGUGAGCUCUUCCCAUGCAAAGAUUUUAAAAUGGCUUCAAGAGGAACAACAGAGACUAGUAAACUAAAACAGAACUUGGAAGAGCAGUUGGACAGAUUAAUGCAGCAGCUGCAAGACCUGGAGGAAUGCAGAGAGGAACUGGAUGCAGAUGAGUAUGAAGAAACCAAAAAAGAAACCCUAGAACAGCUGAGUGAGUUCAAUGAAUCACUGAAGAAGAUCAUGUCUGGAAAUAUGACUUUGGUAGAUGAACUCAGCGGGAUGCAGCUGGCUAUACAAGCUGCCAUCAGCCAGGCUUUUAAAACUCCAGAAGUCAUUAGAAUGUUUGCAAAGAAACAGCCAAGGCAAUUACGGACAAGGCUGGCUGAGAUGGACCGAGACCUUAUGGUUGGGAAACUGGGACGAGACCUCUACACGCAACAGAAGGUGGAAAUCCUAACUGCCCUCAGGAAGCUCGGAGAGAAGCUGACUGCAGAUGAUGAGACUUUCCUGUCAAGCAAUGCAGGUGCAGCCCUCAGCCAGUUUGAAAGAGUCUCUAGUGAUCUUGGAUCUGGGGACAAAGUCUUUGCUCUGGCAAGUGUUGAAGUAGAAAAAGCAAAACAGUGAAGAGUUAUUUGAAGGAAUAUCGCCUGUUGCGAUCUCAGUUGCAGAUCAGACUAGUAGCCCAACACCACCCUGGCAGCAUAUGGAGAGAACUACGCUGACCAAGAGAAAAGAUGGAGAAACCACACCUACAAGUUAAAAGGAUGUAAAAAAAUGGCAUGGAAACACUUUUGUUAAUUAUUCUGCACACCCCAUCUUCCCCAAGAAAAAUCAUCAGUUGACCUAAUUAGCUUUUUGAGUAUGUGCGUGACACUAUUUAAAUGAGAUGUAUUCCCACCAGUGUCUUAAAUAUGAGAAACAAAAUGUUCUUUUGUCUGUUUUAGAAAACUGUAAGCCUUUGCACAACAGUAAACUUACUUCCCUCCCCCAUAUCAUUCUGUUCUUGAAUAUAGACCUAACUAACAAAAGGUUUUCCUAAAUUCUUUAAUGUCCUUAAGUUUUUACCUUAGAGGACUCUAGCACAUCUGUGAUAUUCCACUGAAAAAAGCCUGGCUGCGCUGAAGUAAGCAGAUCUACAUAAUUCUUAACAAUUCCAGAAAAAAUAAGCAGCAGAAACAAUUCACCUUUGUAAUUAUAGAGGAAAUGCUUCUGAGGAGCUGGAAUUUAGUGUGCGAUUUUGAUAUUGGUGAAAGGAAUAUUGGGGCAUUGUAUGAUAGGUAAUGCAGAAAAUUACAGAGAAUUAUUGUUUUAUUCCCUGCUCUUGGGUUGGUAUAGGAUGAGAUGAGUAAGUGCUCAAAUUGAUGUGAAGGAUGUUUUUCCCCCAUUCAGUAAUGAAUCUAGAAAAGAGCUUUGCAAGCAGGAGUACUCAUAAAAACAAACAAACAAAACCGUAUCUAGGAGCAAAUUAUUUCUCAACAGAGUAGCUAACAAUAUGCACUUCUGAAUCUCAUAUUUUAAUUUGAAUGUUCAAAAUUCAUGUGGUUAAUUGUGUGAAUUACCAGGCAGGGAUCAUAAAUAAUACCACUUGAAGUCGGGGAGCCAUGCAAGUUGCUAAGGGGAGUCCCUGUUCUCAUAGUUGUUAGGAGCAUUUCCAAGUGAUCACUCUUUCUAAGAGUUACUUAUAAGAAAUUUAUGUUCUGUAAAUUUGCUGGAGACAAGUUACAGGAAAACAGAAAUGUAUUUGUUUCUUUUGAACACAGCUGUCGUGGACUGUGGGCUAGUUGCAAAAUGUUUUACUCAGUUUAUCCUUCUAUAAAAUAAGUUAAUUACUUCAUAAGAAUGUUGUGAAGUUUAAUUAAAGUGUAAUUAUCUAGGCUCUGUGUACAUAUAUAGCUUGAUCCAAAGGUCAUAGCAGUUGGUGGGAAGCUUUUAAUUAACUUGAUUGGGCUUUGCAUCAAUUCCAUAGUGCUUUUCAUCAACGUACUGCAUUAUUUUAUGGUAAAUAUGACCGACACUUUGCAUUAACUCUCUCCAGUGCUGCAAACUGAAAAUAAUGAUGGUGCUCAAGUAAACUACAGAAGUGUGUUUUAAGCAAAUUAUGAAAUCAUACUGUCAGUGUAUUAUUCUAUGGUGUCGAAUACUGUGAUACACAGUUUUAACCAGUUUCCUGUUUUUCAGUGUGCUCAAUUUUUGCAUUGAGUUCUGUUUAAUUCCAUUGCAAACCUGAAGAUUUACUUAACUAUUUGUGGGAGACACUUUGAGAUUUGGAGACUAACACAAUAACUGGAUGUCUGUUCAAAUAAUCAGCAGUAACAGACACUUACCAUAUAAUUAGCUCUAAGAGUUGACACCAAAAUGAGAGGAGUGAGAGCAUUCAUAUCUCUGAGCUAUUUUGGGGCCUGGCAGCAAACUCCAAAAAAACCCGCAUCAGUUUAACUGCGAUUCCCAUUUGAAAGGUUUUAAACCAUAGAGGUUAGAGACUUGAAUUUUUUGCAGUGGAAGCUUAACCACUUUACAAUUUACAGCAAUGGAUGGAUUUGGCAGCCGAAAUACAUAGGCUUCUGAUUAUACAGUAUCUUAUUUCAAACUAUGGAAGAUUGCACAUACUGUCAGUAACUGUUUUUAGUUACCUGAUUCCACGCUUCAGGUAUAAAUUCUACCUAAAAUUCCACAUGUGUAACAGUGGAAGAAUUUAGCUUUGUGUUUUUUAAUUAAUCAUUUAUGAGGGACAGAUGAUAAGCUGGCAACUUUCUGGUAGUUACAACUAUUUUAUAGUAAUCUCUAUCUGCUCCUUCCCUUUAGGGAGGUGUUUCACUUCAAGAUUGUGAUUGUAUUAAGAUGGGUGGGACAUGAAAAAACCUCCAAACCUCACUGGAUUUUUUUUUUCCAUUAAAUGAUAUGGUUACACGUAACAUAGAUCAGCAAAAUGUUUUAAAUCAAUGACUAAUUUAAGAACUCAAUCAUAUUCAACUUCUGCAAAAGGAUCUGCUUUGUACCAAGUGUGAUGCUUGAUAGUCCCAGGGUUUCUGAAACAGUUGUUACUAGUAUAUAAUGGGGUUUUGGUUAUUAAGCUGAUUAAAUUGGUUAAACAGUGUAUUUAUCAUUGGAAUUCUAGACACCUCUUGUAGUUGGGUAGUAGCAUGGUCUCUCUAGGUAAGCACUUUGGGCUUCUGAAAUAAUCAGUUUAUUUUUAAAAAUGUUUAACGGUGCUAAUGUUAAUCCACGAAUAAAUCAUUUUCUAGAUGUUGUGAGAGACGCUGUGCUCCAUGCAGCUAAUCUGGUUAUUUUCUUUACAGAUGCCUAUUAUUCUUCCAGGCACAAAUGAAAUAAAUUCAACAUUCAUUAGGACUUCUUAAAAAGAAAUUGACUGCAGGUUUUUAGGAGAUUUUUUUUUUUAAACUCAUGCAUUAGUAGGUUUUGGCUAAGGGGAAAAUAUUGCUGUUAAAUCAAUGAGUUCAUUCAGAAUUAUUUUGCAGUUUGGGCUAAUGUAACUGUACAUAUAGAAUUGUGUCUAGGGAGGAAGGAAAUUGCAUCCCUGCUUGUCAGGAAGCCGGGAGCCUCUUGAGGGCAAGAUUUCCUUCCCUCAAUCCUACCUUCUAUCAAAACCCCUAUAGCAUGCAUUUACAAGAAGCCAAAACUUACAGAUGGUAAAACAUCUGCAUCAAAACCAAUAUAUAAUUAGGAGUUUGUAUAUUGGAUUUGUGGAUGUUAGAAAUUCCAAUUGCAAAAAAAAGGGACAAGGAACCUUUUUUUUUUUCCCCCUCUUCUUGCCUUUCUAUACCUCACAAAUACCUUUUGAAAGCUGGGUGUGUUCAUUUAAUAGUCACAAUGUGACUAGCCCUUCCUAGUGCUUUUUCAUGCAUGCUUUAUAGCGGAGAUAAGAGGUAACAGAUUCACUUCUAUAGACUAAUUAUGAAAUUAACUGCUCACAGAUUUGUAAUAUGUGGGGUAAAAUGACUUCUGGCUGAAUGGUCCCUUGGUAAAAUUCCUGGGGCAGUGAACAGAUUUGCUUGGAAAAAACACAGUAUCAGUAAUAAUAAAAUACCUUAAGGGUCUAAAUGGUCCAUGCUUCAGUAGAUAUAACACAAAGUGAAUAUUCUAGACUGUUCUCCACUGGAUAUUAAGCUAUCUUUAAUAAAAUUAUGCAUAUUUUGGUUUUAAAAGCAGCCAAUAAAUUGCACGCUGAGUCAACGUAAAAACAUACACUUGUAAAAACAUCCCCCUAAAUAGACUCUCGGUCAUUAUUCAUGUCUUAGGUCUUGUAAGCAACAGUGUGAGAAGUAGCAGGGAAAAAAUCGUGUAUUGCGUUUCUGUAAAGUUACUGAAUGGGCAGGUGGUGAGGAAGUGAUGUAUUCAUCAUUCCAGAGUGAACCAUGAUGCUGUUUGAGUUUAGGAAAGUGUUUAGUGCUUUUGUCUGUUAUUAAACAACCAAUUUCAAAUGUCAACAUUUGUUAGCAUCAGAGACUGCAGUCUGAGUAAAACUCAGUCAUACCUUAAAUAAUACUACAAGUUGUCAAAACAGGAAAUUGAUCACCAGUUUAAUGUUUAUCUGAUUUUUUUAA